GUCCAAGAUGGCGCCGGUGGCGUCCCUCGAUCUAGUCUUUCAGUGCAACUAAGGCGACGACUUCCUGGGUGGUAGUCUCUUUGGGGAUUAUUGUUCAGACUUGUGCGCUCUUUAUAGCACAAAGUACUCUAAGAAAUGGAAGAAGAGCAAGUGCGCUACAGCCGUAGAUUGCGACGGAGACUUCAGCGACGUUAUGAAGAUGAUGGAAUCUCCGAUGAAGAGAUCGAAGGGAAGAGGACAUUUGACUUGGAGGAGAAAUUGAAGAGCAAUAAAUAUAACUCCAACUUCAUCCACUUCAUGGAGGGGAAAGACUUCAACAUGAGAUAUGUUCAAGAGUGUGGUCUUCGUGAUCCACUGAUCUUCAUUAGUUCUGAAGGACUAGGUAUCAAUAUGCCAGACUCAGAUUUCACUGUGAAUGAUGUGAAGAUGUUUGUAGGGAGCAGACGCAUUGUUGAUGUUAUGGAUGUAGGCACUCAAAGGGGCAUUGAAAUGACAAUGGCACAGUGGGCAAGAUACUAUGAAACUCCUGCAGAUGAAAGAGAAAAAUUAUAUAAUGUAAUCAGCCUGGAGUUCAGCCACACAAAACUUGAAAAUCUUGUGCAGAGGCCAACUACGGUGGAUCAGAUAGAUUGGGUUGACAACAUUUGGCCAAGGCACCUAAAAGAAAGGCAGACCGAAUCUACUAAUGUUAUUCAGGAGAUGCAAUAUCCUAAGGUGCAGAAGUACUGUCUCAUGAGUGUUCGAGGGUGUUACACUGAUUUUCAUGUGGAUUUCGGGGGAACGUCUGUUUGGUACCAUAUUCUCAGAGGCGGAAAGGUAUUCUGGUUAAUACCACCAACAGACCAGAAUUUGGAGAUGUAUGAGAACUGGCUGUUGUCCGGGAAGCAAGGUGAUAUCUUCUUGGGAGACAAAGUAACCGAAUGUCAACGUAUUGAACUGAAACAGGGUUACACGUUUGUAAUCCCUUCAGGAUGGAUUCAUGCUGUGUAUACACCACAGGAUACCCUUGUGUUCGGGGGCAACUUUCUUCACAGUUUUAACAUCCCUACGCAGCUGCGUAUAUAUAGCAUUGAAGAUAGGACAAGGGUUCCCACAAAAUUUCGCUACCCAUUUUAUUAUGAAAUGUGCUGGUAUGUGCUAGAACGAUAUGUGUAUUGCAUGACGCGCCGUUCCCAUCUAACUAAGGAUUUCCAGCGAGAGUCUCUGAGCAUUGAUUUGGAACUUAAUGGAAGACAGAGACCAGACACCCCAUCUUCAUCCUCUUCUUCUUCUAAUUCCUCUUCCUCCUCAUCUCCCUCCUCUUCGGAUUAUGAUGAUUCCUCAGAUCAAGAUUGGGAAGAAGAGGAGGGUUUAAGGAAGAGGGAACGUGAUCGUCUAAGAGUUGAGAGAGAACUGCAGAGAAGGAGAGAGAGAGAACGGAGACAGAGUGAGCGAGAGCGAAGACGGCACACUGAGAGAAUUAUCAUCCCUCCCAUCCCUGUUUCUCUACGACCCCUCACUCCUCCACCUUCCCUCCCACUGCCUGCACCCCCAUCACCACCCAAUACUCCCAUUUUUCUGACAUGGUUUGAAAUUGAAGGCUUGAGUUGUCUAGUGAGGAAGCUUGAAUCUCUACCACCACACAAAAAGUGCCUACCAGAUGGUAUACAUGAUCCAGAUGCUCUGAUAACAGACAUCAAGAAUCUCUUAGAAGAGCAUGCACAAGAUCCACCUGAGCUUGCACUGACUGGAUUGCCGAUUGUUCAUUGGCCGAAAAGACAUCAGUACAAGGUUUACCUUCGGCCCAAAAUUCAGUUUACCAAACCUCACACGAUGCGGCCAGCUUCCCGCCACAUCACAGCACCUCCUCGGCCUUCUAGCACUUUUUCUGGAACCUCUGCCUCCUCUGGUGCUCGACGAAGACGUGUUAGAUGUCGGAAGUGUCAAGCAUGCAUUAUGAGAGAGUGCGGAACAUGCCACUACUGCAAAGACAUGAAGAAAUUUGGUGGCCCUGGUCGAAUGAAACAGUCCUGUGUGUUACGGCAGUGCCUUGCACCCAGGCUACCUCAUUCUGUGACUUGUGCCCUAUGUGGAGAAGUAGACCAGACAAAUGACUCACAAGAUUUCGAGAGAAAACUAAUGGAGUGUUCAGUGUGCAAUGAGAUUGUGCACCCUGGUUGCUUAGAGAUGGACGGUGAAGGACUACUAAGUGACGAGCUCCCCAACUACUGGGAGUGCCCCAAAUGUUACGAUGGACAGAAACAUAUGAAACGCAAGGCUGUUGACACCUGUGAGAGUGAUCCCCACUUUCCUGCCAAAGUUUUGCGGCCUCCACUUGGACAGUCUCCUCCAUCCCCACCAUUGCUCCUCCUUACACCAUCACCACCUUCUGGUCCUCCCUCUCCACCUUCUGCGACACCUCAGAUCAUCCUUGCCAGCCGCGAAGAACGAGCGAAGAGGCGUCAGCUAACCCGUGAGAAAGAAAAUCACCCCAGUGGUCGGGAGCAGUCUGAGGCAGAUAGAAUGCGACUUCGGGGAUCCUACCUCACAGUCACACUCCAGAGACCCCCCAAAGAACUAAGUUGCUCUUCAAUCGUACCUAAGUUACAAGCCAUCACACCAAAUCCUCGACAGCCAAUUCGCCCAACUCCUCCUCAGCCUCCUGAUUAUGAAGAAGAUGAAGAGGAGGAGGAGGAGGAGGAUUAUGAGGAUGACGACGACGAUGAGAAUGAGGAAGAAAAUGGGCUGACGUCAGGCCAAAGAAGGGAGCACAUGUCCAUGCAGAAGGAUGUCUGGCACUCUGUCUUCCAAUACCUAACACGCAAGGAACUCUGUGUGUGUAUGAGGGUCUGCAAGGCUUGGUAUAAAUGGGGCUGUGACAAGCGUCUUUGGGCCAAGAUUGAUGUUAGUCGCUGCAAAUCUCUGGUACCACAGGCUCUCAGUGGUAUAAUUAAAAGACAACCAGUUCAUCUUGACCUUAGUUGGACAAAUAUAUCUAGAAAACAACUCACAUGGCUCAUCAACAGACUGCCUGGUUUAAAAGAUUUACUACUUGCUGGUUGUUCGUGGUCGGCAGUCUCAGCACUUAGUAGUUCAAGCUGUCCUCUCUUGCGUACUCUGGACCUGCGCUGGACCGUAGCGAUAAAGGACGCCCAGAUCAGAGGUCUCCUCACACCACCUUCUGACAAAUCAGGCCAUGACUCACGAAGCAAGCUACGCCUUCUGACUGACCUACGACUUUCAGGCCUGGACAUCUCUGAUGUCACUCUGCGGCUGAUCAUUCGACACUGCCCAGUUCUGUCCAAGCUAGAUCUCAGUCACUGCCCACUGCUGUCAGAUCAAUCUGUUAAUUUGUUAACUGCAGUUGGUUCUUCAACCCGUAGUUCCCUCACACAUAUCCACCUUGCAGGAUGCAAAUGGGUAACUGAUGAAUCACUUCUUUACCUGCGACGUGCCUCCAAUCUGUCACUUAUUGAUCUUCGUGGUUGCAAACAGGUGUCACGAGGAGCAUGUGAGGGAUUCAUCUCAGACUUUUCCGUGAGCACCUUGUAUUGUCUUUCAGAUGACAAGCUCAUUCAGAGAAUCAGCUAGAGAUGGAGCACUAGUCCCAGGCGCAAAGCAGGAAGUGGUAGAAAAUGUGAGAAAGCACACUGUUCGUUUCUCUUAGUCAUCAGAAUCAAUGAGGAGCAAUAAUAUGUAUCCCUGGAUCCUGCUUCGUCUGCCUGUGGUUGGGCGAAGACUUGGUGCAAGGAAGUGGGCUAAAUCUGAAACGGGUAUUUAUCCAGUUCUGGUAGCAGUGUCAGCAGGAGUUGCGUUUUAUUUUUUUUUAUUUUUUUGGAGAAUUGAGACCUACUGGACUGGAUCUUUAUGAUAGAAGAGAACAUGUUCUGUUUUUCUUACUUUGGUUUUUGUUCACUAUAAACCAUUAUAUGCAGGCUUUCCUACAGUUUGGUCAAAGAAGAAGUUUCUAGGGGCUAAGUUGGAUGGAUAUUUUUUUUUUUUUUUUUAAAAGCACAACUCCUCCCCAUAGUUGUGUUUUUUUUGUUUUUUCCUGUGUAGCAUUAACAUGGGUGAAGGCUAAGUUAAAGUUAUUUCUCUGGGCAUUUGGGAUGGGUGGGGGGAGUGUUUGUAUAAGAAAGUGGGAGAGGAAAAGGCAGCUUCAUGAAACAUAGUGAGAUUUAAUGUUAAAAUAAUUCUAUAUAUAUAUAUAUAUAUUUUUUUUUUUUUUUUUAAUUUAAUUUGGUUGUUGCUUUUGUGCCCAGACCUCUCCCAUUAGCGCACAUACAUGUUAAACUUGCCUUUAUUUCACAUAGAAAAGGCAGUCAUGUGGAUAUAUGCAGAUUUGAUUUGAUUGCGUGUGUGUGUCUAUAUAUAUAUAUAUAUAUAUAUAUAUAUAUAUAUUUACACACACACACGCGCACACACACUUCUGUUGUGCACACAUGUAUGUGUGUCAACUCUUCCCUUCCCUUGCCCAAGAUUAGAUUGUAUAAAGAGAGCCUAGAUGAUAUUUUUCUCUGCAGGGACAGUUUCGCUUUCCCUUGAUUUCUUUUGCAAUAAAACAAAACUUUAUCACA